GCUCUCUCGAUACGCUCUAUUCUCAUGGCUUCUUUACGUCCGACACUUGUCCGCCUUGCUCAGUCCAUAACAACAAGACCUCUCAACUUGCAAGAAACGAGCGCAACACUCCUCCCACCACUUCCACUAUACCGAAGAUUGCUCAGAGCUCACCGCUUUCUCCCAGUUGAGAUGAGGUCCCUGGGGGACGACUACAUCAAAGCAGAAUUCAGAAGACAUAAAGAAGUCGAUAACCCAGUCUAUAUCAUUGGUUUCUUGUCGCAAUGGAAGAGAUACCUUGAUGAACUGCCGGCACCUCUGGAGGCGGAGAAGUUCACAGGAAGGAGGUUGGACCCAACAGUAUUUGAAAAGUUGUCGAAGGAGCAACUAGGUCAGCUAUACGAACUCAUGCAUGCGACAAAGGAUGUCUGGAAGCCUGUGGAACAGCUGGCCCAGGAUGCCGCCGCCCGCAAGGAGGACGGGAGUAAAUCAUGAUACGUGUGGCGAGCGGGUUCGAGUUAGGGAGGUAGAUUCAGAUAGGUUCUACAUUGAUGCAAGGGUCAAGUAGCUUGUAUCCCAAACCCUUUUUUUGCGAAUGUAAGCCUUCGUUCGGGUGAAGCAGAAGCGCCCCUCCUGGUCAUAGUAGCGCG